UAUCAAAAGGAGACACGAAUAAUCCGUCUACCCACCCGUCUACCACCGCACCGUUCUCUUCUGGUGCUGAUUGAUGGUCGGUCCCGCUGCUGGCCUUUUGGUAGAUUCGGCGGUACGAAUAUGGGGCAUAGUAUGGAUUGCUCUUAAAGGAGCCAUAUGGUUGUCUGGGAGGGUGGUGGCCCAGAGAUUCUUAGCCGUCCGAUUUUGAUUUGACGGUGAUUUGCAAUACCUUGUAUAAUUCCUCGGGAGCCGCCUUCCUUACCUUUCUCCCUCUAGCUACUUCGAUCGCCGAGAUAUCGUAAACACCACUCUUCGCUGCUUCAGCCAUGGAGAACGACGACGACGCCCCGCCUCUCGCCGUCCGAAUUGGAAAAGAACCCGAGAGUAAUCCUCCGGAACGUUCCUACCGUUCCCAAAAUGUACAGCGGGGAACCUCGGAGGAAUCUCCGGUCGGAGUCACUGUCAUCACCGGGUACCUCGGCGCCGGCAAAUCCACGUUAGUUAAUUACAUCCUGAAUGCGCAACAUGGAAAGAAGAUUGCCGUGAUAUUGAAUGAGUUUGGAGAGGAGAUAGGAGUAGAGAGGGCGAUGAUCAAUGAGGGUGAAGGUGGUGCGCUUGUGGAGGAAUGGGUGGAGUUGGCCAAUGGCUGUGUUUGUUGCACCGUUAAGCACAGCCUUGUACAAGCUCUGGAGCAGCUUGUUCAGCGGAAAGAAAGACUCGAUCAUAUAUUGUUGGAGACAACUGGACUGGCUGAUCCUGCUCCCCUUGCCUCUGUUCUUUGGCUGGAUGAUCAGCUGGAGUCAGAAAUUACUCUUGAUUCUAUAAUCACAGUUGUGGAUGCCAAAAACUUACAACGACAGCUUGAGGAGCAUCUUAAGUCUUCUUUCUUUCCUGAAGCAUUCCUUCAGAUAGCAUUCGCUGAUGUCGUGAUUUUAAACAAAGUUGAUUUGGUCUUGCAAGAGGGUUAUGGGCUUGAUACUUCAUCCAUAUUGGAAGAACUGGAAAAGAAGAUCUAUGAUAUCAACUCACUUGCCACUGUCAUACACAGUGUUCGUUGCCAAGUUGAUCUGUGUAAAAUUUUGGAUCGGCAGGCCUAUGGUGCUAAGAAUAUAGCUCAUCUGGAGAAACUUUUAGAAGACAGUAAAUCUACAUUUAGCAGAAGCCGUCAUGAUAACACUCUUCGCACAUUGUGCAUUUAUGAGGAGCAACCAGUUGAUUUAGAUAUGGUAGGGUCUUAUUUACCAGCAACAUGGGUGCCUGUUUCUUUAGUUCUGGUUCGUUCUUGGCUAGAGGAUCUUCUAUGGGAGAAGAAAUCUAAUAUGGAUGUCUAUCGCUGCAAAGGGGUUUUAAAUGUCCUCAACUCUGAUCAACUUCAUACUCUCCAGGUACAUCACUAAGGGAAAAAAAGACAGUUGAUAAGAUUGAAGAAGUUUAACAAUAUAUUUCAUAUGCAAAUUUUCAGUAUCGCAUUAUAUUCAAAAUAGGGUAAAAGAGUAAGUUCUGCAUUGUCUGGAUUAGCUUUAGUGGAGCACCACUGUGGAGCAUGCACUCAGCUAGAAUUUCUUUAUGUUGAUCAGCAAAACAUUACACAACAAUCGACUCUUUAUAUCUUUUUUCUUUAUAGAAGCACGCCUUCAACAGUGGUUAACUUUAUAAUUCCAUAAAAUGCAGAGCUCAUUAUUGUUCAUUCCUCUCCUUUGUUUUACAACUUUUGUAAGCGGAGAUUUGAGUAGUUACUGUCAAUUUGUCCAUCUUCCUUGGAAACAAUUAUUUAAGCUAUCUUUUUUGAGAUGAUAAUCUGUUUCAAGUACUGAUGAUGUUUCUUUUUUAACAAUUGUACUCAGAUGUAUAAUAAGCAUGUAGUUUAGGAUAAUAUCUUCCUUCCCUUUCUGUUCAGAUUGUGAUUGAGCAAAUAGUGUACUGAACCUAGAUAUAAUAUUAGGUGGUUUGAUUGAACGAGAUGAUGCAAUGAUUAAUUUCUUAAGUAACCUAAUCCUAGUUGAAGUUUCAUAAGUAAGAUACGAAGACGUUCAAGACUUGAGUAGUUGAUUGGAGGUCCCAAAGAACAAAUAUAUGUUUCAACCACAAUGAUUUCCUAGAAAUCCAUAAAAUGCAAUAUGAAGCAGUUUUGGUGCUACUACUAAAUAAAUUAUUUUGGCCUUCGGCUAAUGACGUUGAGGUGGUUGUACAAGUGAAUUAUCAUGAGCAGCAUUUUCAAAAGCAGUUUGGAUGCUAAUACUUGGUAAAUAUUGUCCCUACUUGCUUUCCUCCUCUCCUUUCACUGACUAUAGGGUUAUAAUUCAGACAUGAUUGAAAUUCUAGUCGAGCUUGAAAAUGAUGAUCGAGCUCCUAGACUUGAUCCAGGGCAGCACAUGCUCAGCUUAUUAGUAGUUUGUUUAUCUUGUCAAACUAGUCGAGCUUGAGCCUGAGCUAUGAAAUGAGCCAAGCUCGAGUUCAAACUCAGGUUGUUACAAAAUCAAGCUAUUGUUUUAAUUUAAAUCAGGAAAAAAUAGCUUGAGCUCAAGCUUAAGUUGUUAAAAAAAAUAAGCUAUUAUUUUAGUAGAGGUAAAAAUAACUAAUUUAAAUAGGCAUAAUGUCCAGCAUUGUUACAUGAUAAAUAAAAUCAUGAUCCAUCAUGCACUCUCAUUGAUAUUUCCGUCUUAUUUUUUAUAAAACACGAAUUGAUACAACAAUUGAUAACAAUAGAUGACUGUGAUUUAUUCAUAUAAACAAAAUAAAUAUUUUCUUCUAAAUUAAUUGUUUGCCACAACAAGAAACUCUGGCAUGUAAUUCAAUUUAUACCGUCAAUAGACAUGCUACUAACUACUGUAUGAUAAUCUUAGACAUCUGUAAUUAUGGUUAAUUGUGUUCAUACAUGAACUUAGUUCCACAGACAUGUACUUUUU